GCGGGUUUUUUAUUUUUUGGUCAAAGACUUCAUCUAUAUUGACCAUGGUUUGGCUGAGGUGGAACACAACAAGGAGGGGUAGGAACGUAAAUGCAGAAAGCAUGAUUUGACACCCAUUUUCCCAAACCUCUUCGCCCGCCACUGCAUUUCCUCCUCCUCCGCCGCAGUUGGCUCCGUCGAUGCCGCCACCGCCACCGCCAGCUCAAAAGCUCUGUGCUUAGACCUUUCAAUUUAACAACUUGGAGUUUGACGGUUUCGAAAAUUGGUAUCUCAGGCGCCUCUGGAAAUUGAGCUAGACCACGAAGUUGGGGCUUGAAGGUUGCAUACAUUCAAGAAGUUGGGAAGACCAGGUUUUUUAAACUCGUAGAGGUAGAGGUUUGGGAGUUUAAGGAUUCUGCUCCAAGAUUUCAUGCAAAAACUGUAGGCCUCAUUGUUUUUGUUGCUGUUCCUCUGUUUGUUGCUUUGUAUUGUUUCAAUCUCUUAUUUUUAUUCAGAUUUGAGGAACAGUCUGCUGUCGUGUAACAGUUUCAGAUUCAGAACUAAUGAGAGCUUAAUUGCAAUGAAGGAUAUGUAGAUGGACUUGAAUCUGCGUGUCAGCUGGGUGUUCUAAGUAUUUAGAGGAGCUAAAAAUUUCGCCUUUCUGUCAUGUUUCUUAAUUCCUGCAGUUUACUGUUUAUGGAAUGUGCUGGGUGGGGAUUAGGGUGACUGUUUUGAGCAAGAAGCUUGAUUUGCUGCUGUGACUAAACGUUAAGAACUGCUUUGCUUAUUUUGACCCCUGCAGUACUCAGAUCAAACUGACUAAUUGUCCAACUGUCUCUGAAACUAUGCUGCACAGUAAAGGCCCAAAUCCAACGUGGGUUCAGCUCUAGAUAGAGCCCUUGACUAUCGUGCCAGUCGACUACCUAGUCUUGAGAAAGGCCACCAUGUUAAAAUAAUCCAGAUUCUCAAAUUAAAACCUACCGGUCGUUGAUACGGCAUUUUGCAGCUUGCUCAGGUAUGGAUCAUCUUGGAGGCUGGGUUGAUAAGUCUUUGUACUUGUGCUUUGAGGAGCCAAGGCCAGACGAUUCACGGCGUUUGGUGAUGAGAGGAUGUGGACUUGAGGAGCUAAUUUUCAGACAUGGACGGAGACUUACCGUGGGCGAUGUUCCUGGGCGGUACCGGCGGGAAAAUGUCGACGCUAUGCGAGCCGCUCCUAUAGCUAAGUUGGAGCUGUUCGCGACCCGUGAUAACUCCCCCGUAGCUCCGGGAUGCUUCACAUUCGGGUCCAAGAUUGUGUUUGUAGGCCGCCACGAGACGCUGGUCUUUGAGACUGACUCGGACGUGGACCCGAACCCGGAGUUAGUGCCCAGCAACAUUGUGUUGCCAUUCCAGCACCACAACCCUUUCCCGAUCCUGGUCAGGCAGAGGGGAAUCCGCACCUUGCUUGCUUUGGCAAGCAACAUUGAGGCCCAGACUUUCUUCGAGCAGCUGUCGCUACCGGCGGAUCCUCAGGAUCCGUGGACUCCCCUACCAGAGCCUCUCUUGGGGGCCCACCUGGGUCGAUUCGCAUGCGUUUUUGCGGACACGAAGAUAUUGGUCUCGGGGUUGCUCGACGGAAUCUACAUGUUCGAUGCGCGCGUGCCAGAGCGAGGGUGGAGACCACGUAGUCAGAGCUUGGGGCUGCAACACUUACCUUGGGACAAGAGAGCACUCGUGUAUGGCUUCAAUGGAGACUUUAUUGUGAUUGCCUACUCCUCAAAUCGUCCAUGGAUGCUAUCUGCGUAUUUCAUGGCCUAUAACUGUGACUAUCUUCACCUCAUGUUGGAUCCUAUGCCCAUUAUGCCGCCACAUCUCCAUCCACCCCCAACCAACUGGGCCUUUGCUCCCGUAGAGGACAGGAAGUUUACCCUCGUAAUGACCAACCACCAUGAUUUUUUUACAUAUGUCACUGUGUGGACAUAUGAGAUACUUAUGGGAGAGGGUUUUGAAAUUGUCUUACUUGGGACCAGGCACUUCACAGUGGCACCGGCUGAGGGUAAUGGAAAUCCACACCUGCUCGGGGCAUUUGUGCUUUGAUCCUCCCUGCAUGGAUUUCAACUCUGCAUUUUGCGCAUGGAAACUUGGCAACCAUCGAUACACAUGAGCAGAUCAAGGGGAAGACCAGACAGGCUGUUUGGACACCACCUCCAUCUCAAUGGUUGAAGCUCGACUCUGAUGGAGCUUGUGAUGUCAUUCCCUUAAAAAAAAAAAAAAAUUGAUAGUUCAUCUCAAUAUUGUAAUGAAAAACAUCCUCAUCAAAUUAAUUGUAGACGAUAAAAAGACCAGUCGAAUGUUUCGUGAUCAACAUGUUAGUGACGGAGAAGUAUCAAACGAUCACAUGAUAUCGUCCCGGAUUGGAAUUUGGAGCCAUACAUUUUGCAUUUGAUGUGAGGUGUGAACGCAUUUCUGUUAGUAAAUCCAAGGUCCGCAUCUCUCCAAGUUCAGAUUACCUUUGAAA